AUGGCCAUCCAACACUUCCAAUUUGUAGAAGGUAAAAGUGCGAAGAGAUGUCGCCGUCGCUUGAAGUCGGAACGACCACAGCUCACCCCCGAGGACUACCACGCAAGGGAUGCCGCUCGAGUGGCUCGGUUCCUGGUCACCGGCAAAAAGUAUGCCGAUGCCACAACCAAGGCCGUCGACCGUGUGCAGAGAUUUUGGGAUCGCUUUUGUGCUUUCAUGGGGGUGGACAGCAAUGUCUAUCUCACCGCAUGUGCAGGUGAAAACUUUAGACGUUAUGCCGACUGGCGAUUGAGCCAGUUCAACGUCACAAAGCAGAGCACUAUCUGGGUGGAGUGGAAAUUCCUCCGACUGCUCUACAAGAGAGUCGCUGGAAAGAAGAUGGAUGAGGUCGUUGGGGAGCAGGUCAGUGAGUUUAUCCUGGGACCGUUGACGGAUGAAUACGGCCUAGAUCUCUCGGUCGAAUGCAAGCCCACCCUCAGCGUUGAGGAUCUGCUGUCCGUCCUCCACUACCACUGGUGCUUGGACACGUCGGCGGUUCCACACGAGCGGUAUACAGUGCAGCUGCCGCUGCCGAUGCUGAUGACCGCCUACAUGUCUUCUCGUCCAGGAGCGCUCAUCGAGAGCGGCUGCGUUCGGGGCUCCAACGACGCUCUGCGGUACCGGGACGUGGUGCUCCGUGUCAUCCCCAAUCCGGAGGAACCGGGGCGUCACGUUCUGGUCAUGGAGGUGACUCUGAUGUUUAUGAAGGGAAAAAGAAACAAGUCCCAGCCGACAACAUACAUAUUCCACGAGCGGGAUGACAACCUGGCUCUGUGCGCGAUCUCGCAUUUUCUUGCGCUGGCGCUCGCGGACCGAGCCUUUGAGGCGCAGGGAAUCGACUCGCCGGAGGACAUCCUUCGCAUCGAGGUUCCCCCUUACCGGAACAGCUUACAGCUGAGGUGGAGAUCCGAGAUGCUCGAUAUACCGAUCGUUCGCCGCACCUACCACACCGCACAUGGAGUGCGCAUCUCGCCCGAUCGUGCAUUACCGUAUGAUGCGUUCAAUCAGUACCUUCAGCGGCUGGGCCGCAACGCGGGACUCGAAGAUCCGCUGACUCCUUACUGCAUCAGGAGGGGCACGGCAAAUGCGGUGGAUGCGGAGCGGAACCAAGUGCUGGGCCAUUCUCGGGCCGACAUCUUUGAACGGUAUUACCUCUCACAGAAGGUGAAACGCGAUGUGCAGUCCGCGUAUCUUGGAUUUCCAGCGCGCGAGUCGGUCAUCCGCGCCGUCGGAAUGAUGAGCUUGACGCGGGACCCGAGGGUUCCCAAGGAGCUGACCGACGAGCAGAAAGCUGCCAUCGAACAUGACCCCCAUCUUGCCGAACUCAACCGCCAGAAGCAAGACCUGGCAAGUGACAUGAGAUUCCAAUACGGAUCUGUUCCAAAGGCUCAGGGCACAGACCUCCACGCCCAACAUGGCAAGCUGGAGAGGACUAUUCAGAGCGAGAGACGAUUCUUGAGGAAACGUGCGCGGGACAACAUCCGGGUGGAGUUUUUUGCCAAGAUCGACACCAUUGAGAUCGAACGUCAGCUUCUGGGACUGUCGCUCGCUGAUGACCUCAAGGUGGAAGAUCCCGUUGUUCAGUUUACCUGUGUCGAACGAGCUCGACUUUCACGCAGUCUUUUUCGAUCUCUCGCUAGCUCUACGGAGGAGGAGCAUAAGCCCCAUCCUCAUCGGAUGCAGGUAAUCCGUGACUGGACCGCGCUCUGUAACCUGCAAGGGAUCCCUCACAGGCAGAGGGAUUCACGUUGCGAACUCGUAGGAUUGAAAGAGGAGCCCAGCUCGAUUGACGGUGAUAUGACCCCUGCCGUUUGUCCGGCGACCCAGUGCCUUUUUUGCCUUGGGAACGAGCAGCGGGCAUCUAAUUCAAGGCCGUAUUCAUUCUCACGUCCAGACAAGCUUCGGAGGCAUGUGUAUGAUUGCCAUCUCCGCUAUCUUGCCUCAGACGCUUGUUUUCCAUGUCCCCAUCCAGCCUGCUCGGAGAAUAUGUGGGGCACCACACAUUUCAAGGACCAUGCUGCGGUGAUACACAAGGUGUACCUUUGA